AUGGUUGCAGGAAGAUCAUCACCAAACGCUGAACAGAAUAGUCAAACUUCACAAGAUAAUCUGGAAAAAGAACCCAUUCCAAAGAAACGAAAACCGAGAUAUGCGUCGCUCUUUAUAUGCCUCUUCACAGCCACAGGAAUAAUCGUUUACGGCUUCGUUGAGAAAUCAGUAUUCGAGUACAAACCAGUCAAUGAUAUUUCCACUAAUAUAGUGGAACGAAUUAAGAAUGGAUCGAUUAUAAUUUACACAAUGGAAAAAAAGGAAACUUAUCCAGUUUUGUUUAAUCUUGGCUUGGGAUUAUUGUCCAUUAUUCUCGGCACUUUUGUUGAUCGUUUUUCUCUUAUAUUUGAGGAACUCUCUCAGCUUAGAAGUCGUUACAACCGAAGCAUUGUCAAGAUGUUUAAAGCUUGUUUUAGCGGAAUCUCGUGGCCUGCAGUUCUCGUAAUUUUUCUGGUCGGUGCAAUAAGCCUCGUACUGGCGAGAAUGACUUCGUUUAAACUCGGAGAUCUUGUGUAUAUCUUAGGCGGAAUCGGUGUUGGCCCACUUGUAAUGCAUCUGCUUAACCUCAACAUACAAUCCGAAGUUGAUAUUUCAAGGCUUCUCGAAGAAAGGAGACUGUAUCCCGCAUACACCAUUGCGUGGAAUUACUACUUCCACUAUCUCAAAAAAGCUUUGCCAAUAUUCAACGAAUGUUUCUCCGAAAGUAAUAUUCCAGUGCAAGAUCAAGGCACAGGUCAAGGCUCAACAGAUCAAAGCGCACAGCCAAAAGUACAGUUACGUUUGAAAAAACUGAUCGUGAUUAUUCCAUACAAUUGUAAAAUGAAAAACAAUUUAGAGGAGCUCGACAAUCAUAUCAAAAAAAUAACUGACAUAGGAAACAACGGAUACAAUUUUCCAGUUUAUGGGCUAACACACAAUGGAAAGGAAGACCAAUACGUUAUAGUAUACGCCAAUGAACCUUUGGAAACUAUCAGAGAGAUGAGUAAGUGUGAGCGAAUUAAAGCUAUACAUGAAAAUGAAUGUGGACGCGAAGUACAAGUGCUGUAUGAAACAUUGCAAUUCGAAAUUCUUAAAGACUCACUAGACGAUGUGUGCGAUGACAUGUGCGUCAUCGUACCAAUAAUGGCAGAUACUGCAGGAAACUUACAAAAUGGAGGGCUUGUUAAAUUAAUAAUGCAUCAAAUCAAAGAAGACGAAUGCCUACCUAACCAGGAUAAGCAGCCUGGUUUCAUAAAAGCACCCACCCCAUGCACCAACAAAACAGUGCAUUCACCACAGGAGACAGGCAACGUUUCAGCCCCAGAUCUGGAAGAAAAAGGCAUGUUAAGUAUUGUAUUCGAUUCUGUCUGAUGGUGAAUUGAUCAAUUCAAGUAUAAGGGACCAACAAUAAAUCAACGUUGUUUUUGACAGAUUCGUCCUUUAAUAAAUCCAGUUAUAGUUAUCCAGAACAACUUAAAAUUCAUGAAUAGGACAAAAAUAAGAUUUUAAACAAGGCAGUUCUAAACAGCGCUUAUUUAUAAGGGGUUGUAUACUUCAAUCGUGUUCAGUUCAGCUAGUGUAUAUUAUUUUAUUAUUAUAAUUAUUAUAAGACACUAUUCAGCUCCAUGGGGACUUUUCAGUGACCGAUUACGUCAAGUAUUAUUUAUACUCACUUAUCAUUACUUACUUAGCCUAGACUAGCAGUCCGUGCCUUAUCAGAUAUAAAGCAUGCAUUGGACUACGAGUAUUUAAAAAAACGACUCAUCUUAUGAGUUCAUUGACGAAGUAAUUUUAAAAAUCAACGUUGUCUAAGUCUAGCCUUAGAAAAUCAAAGCUAAGCAUAAUUUUUUAUCGGAUAUAAACCACCGACACCGUCGUGAUUUCCUUCGUUUUUUCCUCAUGAAUUAUCGAGUUUUUAAAAAUAUUUGUUACACUUUUUAGAUCAUACAGAUUCACCCAGAAGUCAUGUAGUGAACAUUGAUUAUUUUGAAGGAAAAGCACAAUAUACUGAACAGGAUUACUUCACUGAUAGAAGAAAUUGCCAUAAAAAUGACGCACUACUUCAUACUCAAGAGAGGCAGGAAGAUAUACUUGAAAGAGACAAAGAACUUAUCAAUGGUAAACCACAAGAAAAAAAGAUAGCCGUCAGCAGAAAAUUCCCAUUAGAGACCGGUCAUUAAUAAUGGGAGGGGUGGUGGGCGGUGGGUGAGAAAAGGGGGGCAGCUUCAACUAUGUUUGCCUGAAUUGGGGGCGGCCUCAAAUUGAAAAAUAUGUGACAAGGGGCGAUCCCAAUUUUUUAAUACUUUCCUACUCAUUUUCGAAAUAUUUAAACAUUUUUUAGUUCCUAUAAUCGUAGUCUCCAUAGUUUAUUACGUAUAUGCAGUUCACCAUAUGAGUCGGAGUAAAUAACAACCAUUUUGAAUACUGGUCCCCAGUACUUGUCCCAUUACUUAUUUUACACCAACAAAUGUAACGAAUUAAAUGUUGGAGGGGGGGGGGUCCUAAAUUUUCUAGAUGAAGGUAGGGGCAUCUUGAAAAUAAAGGUCUUGCGAUUGGGGCGGCUCUAAAAAAUGUUCACUGAUAUUUGGUAUUUAUCCCCCACUGUCCCCCUCCCAUUAUUAAUGACCAGUCCCUUAAUUCUGUUUCUCUUAAUAUAGAGGAUACACAAGCAAAUGACAAAGGAAACAAAGUGAAAGAUUGCCAGCUGGUCAAUUCUGUAAAUGGAGAGAGACAUAGCCCCAGGGCAACCUCGUUCCCAGGCUCUUCCCUCUUGAACGACGUUGGCUCCAGGAGAGAAAUGAGCAAUGAUAGAAGUAUAUCAUACCACAUAGAAGAGACUGAAAAUCAACCAAUGACAAGUAACUUUGUGAAUAAAGAAGAACGCUGUUUCAGUGGAAGGGAGUAUGAAGAGAAAUCUAAUACAAGUUUUAACCCACCAGCAUUGAACUGUACAAGAGGGACUGAAAAUCAACCAAUGUCCAUGAAUGGUAGAGAAAAAUAUUUCAAGGAUGUAGAGCAUUAUAGAAGACAAUCCGCGAGUUUUAACCCACCAAUAUCCUGCAACCUAACUGAACAGAAUGACAAGCAAGCAAUAUCUAGAAAUGGGGGAGGAAAUAGCACUGGGGGAGAAAAGGACGAUAAAGAAUUAACCACGGGUGAUAUCCCUUCAUAUUCUUGCCGUACAGGAGAGAAUGACAAUCAACCAAUAUCGAGUGGUAACUCCACAGAAGAAGAGAACUGUCACAAAGUAAGCGUGACUGCACCAUAUUCCCCACGUGUACAAGGGACUGAAAACCAACCAAUAUCUGGUACAAGUUCAAUUCUGUAA